GAGACACCUCUUCACGUAGCUGUGCGUUUGGGUUUGUAUCAUCUCGUCCUCUUCUACCUUCAGCAGUCUGCAGGUCAGAUGAUGGCAUCAGUGGCCAACGAGGAAGGACAAACUCCUGUAGCACUGGCCCGAAGCAGAGGUCAUGAAGCAACGAUAAAUGUUCUAACCAACCCUUCAGUCUGUAGAGAGUUGAGAUCGGUCUGGAUUUCCAACGUCUGGGCUGAUGAGUCUCACCUGCUCCGAUUCUGCCCACAAACCAGUUCUCUUAUUCUGACAGUCAGGCACGGCAACAAUACUGAUGCACAGAGCAGCAUCCGACUCUUCAAAGCAAAAAGUCAGUGUUCAGCGAUGCAUGCAUGGGUAUCUGAUCUCUCUCAGGCUGAGAAGAGCAGGAAGAGCCAGACAGAUGAUGUGAGUGAUGAAGAUCUUAAACGCCGGACAAGCUUAGAUGAUUCUGCUCUGGUGGACAAUGUUUUUGAAGAACAGCUUGUACCCUUAUCGGAUCAUGAUGAUGAGAGUUUCAGCAUGAGUGACUCAGAGAAUUUGAGCGCCACUUCUGGUUCCUGUUCUUCAUUCCAGCCGCACUCGACACACACUGCUGCUGCCAGAAUUGCUGCCAUGCUCAGCCGCACCGGAAAGCAGAAUGACGAUCUGCAUAGGAAGUACAGCAUUGCCGGAGUUACAGACGACAGCUCUGGAACUGACACAGCUCUAGCUUUUAAAAAUGAAGAAGCGCCAAAAGAACAUCAUCCAGUCUCUCGUUCUUUUUCCCAAUCACCUACUUCCCCGGCAGGACUAGUCCUGGACCGAUUUCUUCGAAGCACCUACCACUCUGAACAGAACAAUCACAUUGCAGGUUCACCCUUGGAACUAGGUGAACUUAGCCCGAAUCUUGUGGCCUUGGAAGUGGACAGUGAAGAAGAGGAUAACUUACUGAUGAAAAAGCCCCUUCCUGAGAAAUCCUCUGAAAAUAAGGGCAGUGAAGAGAAGCAGGACAGCAGUAACUCCUCCACUGAGCUCACCUGCACCCGCUCAGACUCCACUUCCCCCAACUGUAAUCACAGCUCUCCAGAGAACUCUGCAGAUCAAGGAAUCCGCCUUCGUUCAUACUCUUAUUCAUCGCCCAAAAUCAGCCUGCUGCCCCCACGUUUUAGCCGAGACAUCCAUCGUCCACCUGCUGACCUCAGCAAUGAACAACGAGCACUCAGCUUGAACGAGCCACACGAGAAAAGAAUUGAAGAAGAGGAAUGGGAUAAAUACAUUAUUCCCUCCAAAACCGAGCCAGAGAAAUACAAAGUCAGUCGUACCUUCAGUUUCAUUAAGAGCCGAAUGUACAGCACUCGGAACAAGAGCAAAGGGAAAUCGAAGGAGAAGGACGGGAAAGAAAAGCAGGUGAAUGGACACCAAUUUGGAGCAGGUCCUGUUUUGGGGACUUUGGCUUGUGAGGUGUGUGAAAAACCUGUUACUGGAAAAGACACACUGCAUUGUGCAAAUUGUGGUUUAUGCAUUCAUAAAGGCUGUAAAGACUCUGCAGCACUGUGCCCCAAGAAAGUGCAAGAUAAAUAUUCAGUUUCCAUGAUGAAGGCCAGAGCAGCCACCCUCCCCCAGAACUUUGUACUGCGUGAAAGUGUCCCAUACUCACAGAUGUCCACUUCAGCCUCGCUCCCUAUGAUGACUCCGCGGGACAGGAAAGAUUUAACUCUCCCUUUUCCUCUCUCCAGGAGCGUCCCUCUAGUUCCAGACUGGCUUGGUGAAAGCCCAGACCGGGAGAGCGACUCCUUUCCCUGGAAGACCCAAAGUCAGUCAGAAGAGUUUGUGCAGACUGUGGAAUCUUCCACUUCCACUGAUUCCUCUGUUAUGGAAGAUGCAGUGGAUUCCUCUCUACAGAACAGUCUUGGAUCUGAUAUUCAGGAUUUAGUAGCGGAGUCGUGGAGUUUGGCGGUGGAGCCUCAAUUCUGCCAGAAGCAGGAAAAACGCACAAUUAAAAGACAGGAUGUGAUCUACGAGCUCAUGCAAACGGAGCUACACCACCUGCAAACGCUAACCAUUAUGGCGGAGGUCUUUAGGCGAGGCAUGAGGGAGGAGGUAAGCUUGGAUGCUGAUGCCAUCACCCGGAUAUUUCCCUGCUUAGAUGAGCUCCUUCUUCUACACCGCGACUUCCUGUCAGCUUUAAGGGAGCGACGGCAUAGCUCCUCUCAGCCCGACAGUGAUAGGAACUACCUCAUGGACCAUGUGGGGGACAUACUUUUGCAACAGUUCUCGCAGGAGAAUGCAGAGAUCAUGAAGCAAGUCUACGGGGAGUUCUGCAGCCACCAUGCUGAGGCUGUCAGCUUUUUUAAAGAGCUUCUGCAGCAGAACAAGAGAUUUCAACUCUUUAUUAAACAACAAAGCAACAACUCACAAGUAAAGAGGCGGGAAAUCCCAGAAUGCAUUUUGCUAGUGACGCAGCGAAUCACAAAGUACCCUGUGCUUUUAGAAAGGAUACUGCACUACACAGAAGAGGGCACGCGGGAGCAUUCGGACCUCUCCAGUGCUCUGGCUCUUGUGCGUGAGCUAAUCUCUGCUGUAGAUGUGCGAGUGAGUGAACGGGAGCAGAGUCAGUGGCUAAGCGAUGUGCUUGGCCGCAUGGAGAGCAGGAGCUCAGUCAGACUGAAGAACAGCACUGUCUUCCGCAAGCAGGACAUGACCACUGGUCGGGCGCUGCUCCAUCACGGCCCACUGCUCUGGAAAACCGCUACUGGCAGACUCAAAGAUGUGCUAGCGCUUCUGCUGACCGAUCUGCUGAUAUUCCUUCAGGAGAAGGACCAGAAGUAUAUCUUUGCAGCUGUUGACCAGAAGUGCCCAGUUAUCUCCUUACAGAAGCUGAUAGUAAGAGAGGUAGCCAACGAGGAGAGAGGCAUGUUCCUGAUCAGUGCGUCCUCCAGUGGCCCAGAGAUGUACGAGGUGCAUGCAGCCUCCAAAGAAGAGCGCAAUGCCUGGAUGAGGCUAAUCCGGGACGCUGUAGUGAUUUGCCAUGAGAAAGAAGACGAUUCUGCAAGUGAAUCCGAGGAGGAAAGAAGAGCUGUAGAGGUCAAGAACCAAAAGAUACUCAAGCUACAAGAAUCUCUGUUGGGUCACGAUCAGCUGAUCUGCUCCAGCCUCGAGGAGAAGCUCCAGAUCUGUGCUGAGCUCUCAGCCAUGGCCGGCCACAGAGACUCCCUACCCGAACCAAAGCUGCUGGUGCAGCCCAACACGGAGGAGCUCCCUAACGCUGCAGUCCUGCUCAAUGCUGCACUUAAAGAGGCCGAAAGUCUGAAAGCAGCUUUAUCGUUACACUGCACCCCGCUUUCCAGUCUAUCUCCUCCCACUGCAAUUUGGGAACAGAAUACACCUGACGUUUCCAAUGAGAUACCUCCAUCUGCUCCUCUUUCUAUCGAAGAAGAAUCCGAAUCAGAUGAUACUGAAAGGAGCGAGAAAGGCGAGUUUAAAGAGGAAGAAAGCCUUGACCUCCAGCCUCAAAAUCAGAGCUCUGCUAUGGAAGAUCAUGACUUACACCUCAAGGUGUGUCAGGGUGUCCAGAGUUUGACUCAGCUGCUUUACAGUCUGCAGGCCCUGGUCACCAUCCAGGAUAGCAGCUAUGAGGUGCGUCGACUACUCCUUCUCCUUCUGUCGAACUCCGCCCACCCACGGAUCUCCCAGGGUUCCUUACAGGAGCAGGAGCGGCAGCGCGAAGCGGAGCGUAGGCGGCAGGAGCUGGCCCGGGUGGCUCGGGACCGGCAGCGGUGGGCACGCGAAUGCCAGGCUCGCCAGCUGUCCUACGAGGAACGCGAAAGCCAGCUGGCACACCGAGAGCAAAGGUGCCAGGAGGAGGCACAGCGGCUUCAGUGCCAGCGCGAGGAGUUAGACGAGCAGCUGCAGGAGUACCAGCAGAGUCUGGAAAGGCUUAGGGAGGGCCAGAGGAGUGUAGAGAAAGAGAGGGAGAAGCUGGAGGCGCAGCAGAGGAUGAUCGAGAGAUUGAGGCACGUGCGCCAACGCAGCCUGCCCACCAUCGGCUUGAAGCUGGAUGGGCACCAGGGGUCAUGGGCUGACGUAAAGGCUUUUUAUCCGGCUCAUUUCAGUGGUCUGGAUGAGGAUGGUUCCAUUUUUGUGAAUGAAGCUGCAUUCUUAGAUCCAUCUAUUAACAAUCGACACCUGCAUCAUCACCAGAGUCAACGUCAUCAUAACUGCCCCAGUGCCCAGAACAGUCUGAACUCUCUGCUAGCAUUGUCAAAUCAUACACACCCCACAAUCAGCAUCCAAGAUGAGCAGUGUACAGAAGACCAAGGUGUCGGUCCACCAAUUCAGACUCAAGAAGCAUGGUCACCAGGAACAGUGGGGGUAGGGCUAUAUCAAGGUGAUGCCCUGUCAGCGCCGCAGGCUUUAAUUUCCAUGGAAACGGAGAGCCAGGAGGCUGAAGGAGAAGAGAAAAUUGUGUACCUUUAAGUUUAAGCCACUGUGUCUUGAACUCGGAUGUUUAAACUGGGAACUGAUAAAGAAAAUGAAAGCCUAGCUUCAGUUUUGGUCGGGAAAUUGCACUGAUGCAGCAUGGACCAAUAAUUCGUAGUCAUUAGAAUUAUAUUAAAUUGCAUUGUAAAGCAUUUUUUUUUCUACAUUUGCACUUUUUAUACUUAAAAAAAAUUUUCACAGUUAUAUCCAGUUUCCAUGGCAGUUGGGACUGAUCAUAAGUAAUUGUUCUUGUGUUCUUACAUCUGGCAUUUAAAGGUUUUCCAAUUACUUUUGCUUGGGGAAACAACCAUUUAUCAAACUUUGCUGAUCUUACAUUGUACUCAGCAACAUCUAAGUCAGGGAUAAUUUUUUGGUACAUUUCUCUAACCCAAAACAGACCAUUAGUCAGUGAUUAACCAUUAAUGAACAAGAUUAAAAUAAACAAAGUUUAUUAUUGACAAGGCUGACUGAAGCACCAUGUAAAUGUCAGGUGUCCACAUAAUUUUGGCCUCAUGCGCAUUUAAAGUCAGAGGCUAGUGAUAUUUUUUAAGCUUUUUGUCAUAGGAAUAAAUGUCCUAAUGUUAACCAUGUUUCUAAUGGUAGCCUUCAACAUCAUACCCCAACAUUUUGGUUUAGAAGUAGACCACAGCUGAGAUGAGAUGUGCUGCAUGUGUGACAGAUCUGCUAGUCUUUGUGCGCCACUGGUUUUGCACCAGUAAAGAGGAUUGAUGUCCUGUCCUGGUGGUUUUUGAAAUAGCUGUUAGCUUCUCAGAGUCAUCAGCUUUAGACGUAUGUACUGUCACCGGCUGCUGAUGUGUGAUGGCCGCUUUAGUGGGCUUACGCUAGAUCACGUUAACUACUGUUUCGUGAUUUGAAUGACAACCACCCCAACACACACACACACACACACCUGAGUGACUGUUAUGGGUCACAAAUACAUAUACACCGAUCAGCCAUAACAUUAAAACCACCACCUUGUGUUUAUCAGCUUCACUUACCAAAUAGAAGCACUUUGAAAUUCUACAGUUACUGACUGUAGUACAUCCAUUUCUAUUUUUCACCCUGUUCUUCAAUGGUCAGGACCUCCACAGGACCACUACAGAGCAGGUAUUAUUUAGGUGGUGGAUCAUUCUCAACACUGCAGUGACAAUGACAUGGUGGUGGUGUGUUAGUGUGUGUUGUGCUGAUAUGAGUGUAUAAGACACAGCAGCGCUGCUGGAGUUUUUAAAUACCCUGUCCACUCACUGUCCACUCUAUUAGACACUCCUACCUAGUUGGUCCACCUUAGAAAUGUAAAGUCAGAGACGAUUGCUCAUCUAGUGCUACUGUUUGAGUUGGUCAUCUUUUAGACCUUUAUCAGUGGUCACAGGACGCUGCCCACGGGGCGCUGUUGGCUGGAUAUUUUUGGUUGGUGGACUAUUCUCAGUCCAGCAGGGACAGUGAUAUAAAACUCCAGCAGCACUGCUGUGUCUGAUCCACUCAUACCAGCACAACACACACUAACACACCACCACCAUGUCAUUGUCACUGCAGUGCUGAGAAUGAUCCACCACCUAAAUAAUACCUGCUAAUGUGUGCCUUGCACACACCCCCUUCUUCCCUAACCGGAUAAGCGGUUAAGAAAGUGAGUGAGUAAGUGAGUGUUUUGUCUUUGUUUUAUAAUAAUUGCAACUAUAUUCAUUCAUGGUUACAGACUGUAAAUUGCUACUUGUCUUUAAAUAUACUCAGAUUGGAGUAUUGAUUUAAAUACUAAAUCUAUUUAUUGGCCCUAACUCUGAAAGCACAUUUUCCACUAAUUCUCUCUAUGCACAUUUUAUCACUUAAUUUUUUCUCCAAGGAACAAAGAAACAGUAAAAAGACACUGUUCAAAGAAAGUAAUUAUUGUCCUUAAUGGGCGGGGCUAUUGUUUUCAUGAUACUUUAUUAUGUAAUUACAUUACCUUUUAUUUACUUUGCUUUUUAAGCAAGUAUAGUAUGUUGUAACUAUUCAGCCACAUUAACCAUAGAUGCAGCAACCCAAUAAUUUGUAAGUCUUGUUUGGUGUAAUCAUUAUCACUGAACUACUCAUAGUCCACUUUAAUAAUUCCACCUAAGUUGUGCGUACAUUCAUUUGCUUUUAAAUAAUCUACACAAACCAUAUAAAUGCACUAAACUAAUCAUGUUAAUAAACCCUAUUUGGCUAGAUUUUAUUUGUGUUUUUGACCAACUGCAAUGACACCGUUAGCAUUACAUUAAUAAAUGUAAUGUGUGUGACCACUCGGGUGGCGCAGCGGUAAAAUACGCUCGCACACCAGAGCUGGGAUUUCGAAUACAUCAUAUCGAAUCUCAGCUCUGCCAUCCGGCUGGGCGGCCACAUGAACAACGAUUGGCCGUUGUUCACAGCGUGGGUAAACCGAAUCAGGGUUCCUCAUAACUGGUGCAAUCACGACCUCUGCUGGCUGAUUGAUGGCGCCUGCACAGAGUUGGGGAAUAAUUCUGAUCAGGGUGUGGCUCUCCGUGCACAAGGCUGAUCCGCAUAUGAACCCGCCUCGUGCAGGUGAAAAGAGGCAGUCGGUACUGAGUAUGUGUCGGAGGAGGUGUGUGUCAGUUACGAAGCUCCUCAGUCAGCAGUGGAGGGUUGUAUCGGUAGAGGUGAAGCUAUAGACUAUACUUAUUUUCUUUCUUCAUACAGAUGAAUUUUUCUUUAGCUAUUGAUCAAUGGACAAUCUGUUUGGUUUUGGUUGGAGUCCACCAACACUGCUGCACCUGAUAGACCACUGCAACACCAUGUUAGUAUCUUUUUAGUGUCAUUGCAGCUCUAAAAUAGUCCACCACCCAAACAACCUCUGUUCAGCAGUGAUCCUAUAGGGUCCCUUUCCACUGAUGAAUGGGGUAGAUGGAGAUAGAGGUGUCAGAGUACAGAGCAACAAAUGGGAAUAAAAUUGAAAUCUCUGAACUAGUGCAGUCAAGUUUGCUGGAGGUCGAAAAUUCACCCAGGCCACAGGCCCAGUCUGCCCAGGGAGAGAGGCUGCCUGCCUGGGGAGAGGGAGGGCCUGCCCUGCCCCUUCUGAUGGUGGUGACCUCGGGGUGGAUUUUAAACUUUGACGAAAUCUGACUGGAAAAGGGCCGCUCACCCAGGGGAGUCGCACCCCACCCCUCACCCCCCGUGCCCAGGGAGGGGCCCCGCCAUGCUGGGGGGGGCCGAAUUUGGGACCCGGGCAAAAGUUGCAUAGCAGAUUUUUUUUCUUCAAUGCCAUCUAUAGCAUUUAUUAUUAUUAUUAUUAUUUGUUUUUUUUAAAGCAUGGUGCUUUUGUUUAAGGUUCCUGAUUUGGAAAUACAUACUUAAAUACUGCUGCCUGUCUGCAUGUCAUUAUCCAGGAUUUUCUCUUUCUUUAUUUUUUGUUCAUCCUCUACCACAAUCCAUAGGUAAUAAUGAUACUGUAAAAGUCUUUUUUUUAUCAGACUGUCAGAUCUCACAGGUCGUAUCUCAUAAGGAAUCUUAUUGAAUUUCAGUUUAAAAAAUUGUGUUUGAUUUUGUUUUGGUUCUUUCUUUUCAUAGCCGUUAUUUAUUAGUGAUGCAUGUUGUGUAGUAUUGAUAUGUAUGUACAUAUGGACAUAUGUUUUGUACAAUUGUAUUUACUCAUCAUUCUGAGUGAACUGACAUUGUCAAAAGCAUUAUUAUAUACAUUAUAAUAUUUGAACCUCUUAGAGAUGAUGAUGACUGUCCAACAUCUGUAAAUAAAGAUGGUAUGGCUAGUCCAUCUAGUGUUAGUUUGCUUUUUAGUUAGUUUGAUUCAUUUGUCUAUUGUACCACAGCUUUAUCCUGGUCAGUUUGUACACACACACACACUAUAUGGUGCUGGUCAUAAAAUUAAAAUAUCAUGAAAAAGUUGA